UCUGCAUCUCGACUCCUCACCUCCCCACACCCACACCAUACCACCAAUCCCGUCCACCAGCAAGCUGCAAGUGAUUCUGCGCUACCGUCCUGCUAUACUACGUUUACCAUGGCUCAAACGGCAGAGCCUCCUCAGGAGCUCCAUUUCGUCCAGUACCAUCACAAUUUAGAAGCGCAGUAUCUUCCGGCCAUUAGAGCACUCAUUUCAAAAGACCUCAGCGAGCCUUACAGCAUCUAUGUCUACCGUUAUUUCCUUUGCCAAUGGGCACAUCUCUGCUUCAUGGCAUUGAGCCCGGUAGAUGGUUCGUUGAUUGGAGUUAUUAUUUGUAAGCUCGAGGUACACGCCGUACACUCGGUCCCAACGCGGCGGGGCUACAUUGCCAUGCUGGCCGUUGCCUCUCCUCACCGUGGCCGCGGUGUCGCCACGGCGCUAGUCAAGAUGGCCAUCGAUGCCAUGGCGGUGCGCAAGGCCGAUGAGAUCGUCCUCGAGACAGAGGAGGACAACCUCUCUGCCAUGAGACUAUAUGAGCGGCUGGGGUUCCUUCGGUCUAAGAAGCUGCAUCGAUACUAUCUCAACGGCAACAGUGCCUACCGGCUGGUGCUGCUCUUAAGAUCUGUCGACCCGGACUCGGUUUCGAGCUCGGAGUUGGGAGGAGAUGGGGCCAUCACCGAG